CUUCUGUUGGUGAGGGCCGCUGGGAGUGUGCGGCAGACCAACUUUGUUUACGGUGGUACAGUGAACACCAGCCAAUGUCCGCACAGUUAUAACACCUUUCUUCCAUAACCACUCACCCGGAAACUACGAUAAAUGAGAUGAGCAGUAUGGAUGGUUCUGAGCCGCAGAGUCCAGGUGAAGAAUGGGAGGAACCAAUGUCCCCGCCACCUCAUGACCCUGGCACCCCAGAUGACCCCAUGAGUCCUGACAACACAGCUAGUUCAUGCCCGAUGUCCCCUCAACCUCCGCUGAGUUCAGAUGGUCCUAUGAGCCCAGAGGGUUUUGUGCACAGAGGAAAUCCAAGAAGCCCCCAAGGUUUUAUGUACUCACAAGAUCCAGCUAGCCCAGAGGGUCCUAUGAGCCCUGAUGGCCCCAUGAGCCCUGAUGGUCCCAUGAGCCCGGAUGGUCCCAUGAGCCCUGAUGGACCUAUGAGCCCUGCAGGCCCUAUGAGCCCAGAUAGUCCUGCAAGUCCUCAGAGUCAGGGUAGCCCAGCAAGUCACAUGAACCCAGGUAGUCUAGAGGGACCUUUGAGCCCAGAUAAUACUAGAAGUCCUUACGAUUCCUUGAGUUCUAGAACUCCUGCGAGUCCAGAUGGUCCGAUGAGCCCUAGAAAUCCCAGAAGCCCUGAUGGCCCACUGAGUCCUAGAUAUCCCAGAAGCCCUGAUGGCCCAUUAAGUCCAAGAUAUGCCAGAAGUCCCAAUGACCUUUUAAGUCCCCGAGAUCCUCGAGGUCACAGUGGUCCCAGGAGUCCAGAAAAUUCUAAUGGUCAUUAUGGCUCUUACAGUCAGAGACAUCCUAGAAGUCCUGAUGGUCCAAGGAGCCCAAGAGAUCCUCAAAGCCCUGAUGGACCAUUGAGCCUGAGAGAUCCCAGAAGCCCAAGCAGAUCAUUGAGCCCAAGAGAUAUCAGAAGCCCUGAAGGACCACUAAGCCCAAGAGAUCCAAGAAGCCCUGAUGAGCCAUUAAGUCCACAUGACCCAAGAAGUCCCAUAGGGCCAUUGAGUCCCAGUGAUCCUAGAAGUCCAGGCAGACCAUUGAGCCCACAAGACCCAAGAAGUCCUUAUGAACCAUUGAGCCCAAGAGAUCCAAGAGGUUCUAAUGAACCAUUGAGCCCAAGAGAUCCCAGAAGUCCUGAUGGACCAUUGAUCCCAAGAGAUCCUAGAAGCCCAGAAAUACCAGCCAGUCCUAGAGGUCCUGCCAGCCCCCAGAACUCCAUUCCAUUUAAUCCUAGAUCUCUGGCAGAACCAAGAGAGGAAGGAGAAGAGAAUGGUCAAGCAGACAGGCUGUCAGAAAUAUCAGAAGGGGAUUCAACGCUGAAUGGUGAACUUGAAGAGGAUGAUGAACCAACUCCAAGAAAGUCUGGUGAAGAAGAAGGACCUCAAGACAAGAGAAAAGAUGUGAGGGAGAAAGUUAAUGAAGGGCGUGGUAAACCACCAUCAAAGCGUCGGAGUGAUGAAGGUCUGGGUAUAAGAGAUGAAUUAGAUUUUGAAGCAGAAAGGGAAAGUGGUGAAGAAGAGGGGGAGGAAGGAGAAGAAGGUGAGGAGGGAGAUAAACGAAAGAAAAAAUGUGAUCCAGAAAAUCGUGAAGAUGGGGAGCUGAGUGAUGAAGAUGAGGAUGAUUCUUUGUUACGGCAAGAACCCAAAACUGUGUGUAGGUUUUUCAACAAAGGCCAGUGUACUUGGGGCACCAAUUGCAGGUUUCUGCAUCCAGGAGUGUCUGACAAAGGGAAUUACAACAUGUUUGCUCCAUCCAAACCCCAAGCUACAACUGAUAAAGAGGAGGACAGUGAGAGGGGAAGGCCUCGAGAAGUGCGUCGCUUCAUUCCAGAGCCUUCACCUUUUGAAUCUGCAUGGGAACGUGGACUUCGUUAUGCCAAGGAGAUGAUGAAAAGGGCAAAUAAGCGUAAAGAGACAGAUGCAGACUUUGAAGAGAAGCGCUUCAACCUCAGCUUGGGUCAAGCAGAACUAGACCGUGAGAAUGACUACUACACUCGUCCAGCAUCACCGGUUUAUAAACAGCCAGAUGAGAUCAUUGAUCAGUAUCUGGAUCCAUAUGAGAAGCAAGCUAUAAGACAUUUCCGUGGUGGACACUUUGAAAACUUUGAAGUUCGUUACCAUGUCGAUCCAAGGUAUAAUAUGCGUGGUGGGGGUCAGGAGAGGUCACGCCGGGAGAAAUUUGAGCGUGAAGUGUCGGAAAGAGUUCAGCGGAGACCAAGAACAACAUCAGGUGGUGAGGAAAGAUAUGUGCGUGGCCGUGUGUGGCAAGACGAUCGGUACACAGAGGUCGUUUCAACAGGAGGCGGCACACGAGGUGAAGCAGAAGCUUGGGCAGACCCCUGGGCUCGACGGAAAACCCCACCUCGUUCUUCCAGAAAGAAAAAGACUUCCCGCACAAGAAGUUACUCGACAGGCUCAUCAUCACAUUCAUCAUCAAGAUCUUCCCGGUCAUCAUCAUACAGCAGUCAUAGUAGAAGUAGGAGUGGCAGCAAGUCCAGUAGGACCAGUAUUGCCAGUAGAAGUAGUCGGUCACGAUCAUCAUCGCAUUCACCGCCCCCUGGCCAACAGCAGCGGCCUAACCAUCGCUUGGCUCCAGGUACUCGAGCAAGUGACAAGGCAGGCAUGAGACAAGUUCCACCACCCAUAAGGGGAGGACGACCACCUGAGGCUCCUCACGCUCGACCAGCUGUACCCAGAAGACCUGAGCCACGAGAUCCCAGGAUACCAAACAUUCGUGGACCACAUCAUAAUAACCGAAUGGAGGGAAAUGAAAGCUUAUCUGUUCCUCGCCGCCCUGAGCCCAGGCCUAACAAAAGGGAUACUAGAGAGAGACCACCCCCUCCUCCGCCUCUCCAGCAACCAGACAUUAAGCCACCCAAGAUUCCCGCAAGGGAGAGGCCACCGCCUCCUUCUCCACCACCGAGACAAGAAUCUAAACCAACCAAGAUUCCUGCAAGGGAAAGGCCACCGCCACCUUCUCCACCACCGAGACAAGAAUCUAAACCAACCAAGAUUCCUGGAAGGGAAAGGGUUGACAGAUUUGGUCGUAUACGAAAAGAUAGCAAUCAGAGUUAUUCAAGGUCCAGGUCACGGUCUGGCUCACGACCAAGGGGGAGAGUUGGUAGAACAUUUUCAUCAAGUCGCUCAAGAUCAAGAUCUGCCUCUAGGUCAAGCUCUGCCACAUCAAGGUCACGGUCCAGAGGUCGUAGUGUCUCCAGGUCCAGAUCUCGAUCUAGUUAUUCUCGUAGUAGCUCAGCUUCCAGUUUGGAGAGUCGGAGAAGAGGUGAGAAGCGGAGGAUGACCCAGGGAACUGUAUCAUAUGGACAGGCCAAGAGCAAAGCUAUGGAUCCUAUGAAGCUCUCCGGGCAAAAACAACAGAUCAAGUUGACUCUCAAGGGACCAGCCCUUAAGCGUCUUGACAAACCUGUACUGCCACAGGAGGAUGACAGCGGUGAAUCAGACACAGGAGGAAAACUAAUACGUAAACGGAAACCAGAGAGCCCCCCUGCUGAACCUCCACCACCAAAGAUUGUAGCCAGAAGUCCUCCAGCUGUGGUUGCUAUGUCACAGCCAAUAAAGAAACCACAAGCCAACCGACGAGAAGAACUCUUGAAGCAGCUUCGGGCAGUUGAAGAUGCAAUUGCUCGGAAAAGAACAAAGUUGCCAACAUAGUGUUCAUAGGUGAAUGGUAACAGUAUUGUUAGGUAAGUGAAAUUUUGACUAUUUAUACAAAAAUGAGCCUCUACCUAGUUUGGCUUCUCUUGUACAUAUUAUGAGUCAGACUAGGGAAUCUACUUCUGGACCACCUGGCCAGUCCUGAAUGAUAUCACCACUGGAGUUCACUGGGAUAGCUGCCCCUGAACACAAGAAUUACACACUUCAGCCAAUGAACUUGUAAAAUGUCAACAUAAGAAGAUCAAUUAAAAUUUGUCGUUAUACCUGUAGUUAUAAAAUUUAUAUGAAAAAAAAGGUAAAUGGAAGUGGUGUAUUAAACUAUCAUCUACUUAAGUCGAAAGAAAUAGUGAUUUUUUGGCAGCCAAGAUGGAAAAAUGAUGCAGUAUUUAUAUCUAAGGUUGUUUCUCCAGACAGUAUCAACAAGAAAAGAUGAAUUGAAUAGCCAGCCAAUAAGUAAACAUAAGCACUGACCUAGACCUUGGUUAGAUUUUUGUAUAUUGUGUAAGUGGAACAUUUCAGUUUGGUAUGUAAUGAACAAGUCUGUUUACAAUGUGCAAAAGUUAUAACUUAUGACAUGAAUUGCAAACCUCAUUUAUGAACACUGGAAAUUGUUUUGUAUUGAAUUGUCUAGUAUGAUGACAUAAAUGUAUAAGUAAA